UAUUAUUAUUUAAUUGCGUCUUGUGUACCAAAUUUUAAGCCUGAUAUUUUCGCAGAUUUUUUUGUUUUUGAUACAACAUCAAACCAUAUGUAUUAGAAAUCAACGCCACCGACUAUACAAAAAGAUGUUUUCCAACAACUGCAACUAAUGAUAUGGUAGAAAGCCGUAAGUGCAGAGGAAAAAUAUUUGGCAUUUAUAGAAAAAUUAUAUAUAAAAUACACGUCGAAUCUUUGAAGCCAACAGCAAAUUCCAGAAAAAUAGCAGAUCUUUUUAUAUUGACCAAGCGAUACAAAGUAAUAGUUCGUACAAUACUAAUAGCUACCAAAAGUGCAGCGAAAGCUGUGGAGAAAUCAUGGCCGAGAUGCCAUGUGGUGACGUCAUUUCUAUAUAUUUGUACAUGAGAUUUGAUUGGGUAACUUUGACAUUCCAGUGAAACGGGUUACAAAACAAGUCCAGUACGGAAACACCGCGGUGCAAUGUUGUAGGACUGGACCAUUGUAUCAAUAAUCAUCGUUCGAUUAGACAAAGUUGUAUUCAUCGGCUUAAUAACGAUGUUAAUGGAUGAAAGUAGUUUUCAUGACCGUGAUCUAAAGCCUCCCAUUCUUCGAUAUCGAUGUCAAUUGGAUUAUCAGUGUUGCUUUUUAAAAUGGCCUAUAAAUAUAAACAAGAUCGUUUGUAAGAAUGGAUGUGAAUGGAUGACCAACAACAACACAACAUGUUCCUUUCCACAAUCUCCCUUUGGUGUGCAGAGGCAAAGGAAUUGAAUAACCAAAUAUAUAUGGAUAUAUUUGAAGAGGAAUAGCUCUACUGGAAGAUCUAAAGUUUGGCUUCAGUCAAGUCGGUAUAUAAAAGAAUAGAGCAAUCACAAAAGCUAAAUUGCGUUUAAAAUCCAACUGACAUAGUGAACGCAAUAUCUGGUAUUCUGAGCAUUUGACAGAGAUUUAGUGAAAUUUUAUGCAAUUAUUUGCCUUUGCACUCAAAGAAGAAUGUGCUUUUGGGAUGAUUAUCAAAUAAUUUAGCAUCACUUUUGGAUAUCAUAUGAAGAAAUUUUUAUCGACUAGAUGGUUCCAUUAUUGUUUUGGGUGUUUACAUUUUUGACAACACAAUAAUACAAUGUGUGUGAUCUAUUAAUUGCUAUAUCAACUUACUGAAUUAAUGCAUAAUGGUAUAAUUGUUCAAUUAUAUGGCUCUAAAAAAUGCAAUGGUGUGGCACCAUCCACAAUAAGAAUGCUAGCCUAAACUGAACUCAAACUUGGUGUAAAGUUACUACAGCACAGCAUCAGCAAUUUAUGUUGUAAUGUGGAAUUAUCAAAUAAUAAAACAAACAGAAAAAUUAAUUCUGAUGAAGGAGAGUAUAGAGAAAUGUGCUAAAAAAAAUCUUAUAGAAGAGUGGAUUCAAUGGAAUUUGUCACGAAGAGGCUGCUGGGUAAAAAACAUCAUACAAAGAAAAGGUGUAUUAUGUCCCUGUGUAACCUUUCCUAUGAUUCCUAACGUAAAUAUGAUGAUCAAGGUCAGAUGGCCAGUGUGUUCGACACAUUAGAACAAAAGAACAACGGAGAUUCUGGAAGUUACUCAUCAAACGUUAAUUUUCUUACGGAACCGGAAGACGGAUAUGACUUUGAGUUUGUGAACUUAAAAGAUGACAAAUAUGACUGUCCAAUUUGUUUACUUAUUUUACGUGACCCAGUUCAAACACCUUGUGGACACAGAUUUUGUCAUAAAUGUAUACACAGGUGGUUAAGUGAGUCUGGUGAACAACGCUGUCCUGUAGAUAAUACAACUGUGAUAAGAGACCAAGUGUUUCCAGAUAAUUUUGCCAAACGUGAAAUCCUUAAUUUACAAGUUAAAUGUCCCAAAUCCAAAGAAGGCUGUAAAGUGAUAGAAGUUCUUAAGCAAUUACCUAAACAUUUAGAAGUGUGUGGUUAUGUGCCAAUUCCAUGUCCUAAUGAAUGUAGUGAUAUAUUACUACGUAAAGACUUACCUCAUCAUUUAUCUCAGAUCUGUACAAAACGAAAAAUUGUCUGUUGUAAAUGUGGUGAUCAGGUGACAGCAGAAAGAGAACAGGAACACCUACGUAAAGAGUGUCCUAUGGUGACAGUUGUGUGUCAAUACUGCCAGCUUGAACUUUUGAGAAAUCAGAUUAAAAGCCAUGAAGAAUUUGACUGUCAGAGAGUAAUAGUUCCCUGUCAGUAUCAACCCAUGGGUUGUACCACACGGCUGGAGAGAUGUGAAAUGUCACAACAUUUACAAGAAUCCAUACAACAGCAUAUGAACUUGAUGUUCAACAUUCUAAUGCAGCUGACCUCAGCUGUACAAAACAUAGCCCCUGGAGCAUUACAACAUUUUCCUGCAGUCCCUCAAUCUCACAGUUUGCCAGUCACGUCAUCGGAACAAUCAAUCACAAACUUACUAGAAACUUUACGUAUAGGUGUUCAGCAGCAAGGAAUGAAUGUCUUAUCAUUGAACUCUACUCCUGUUCCUUAUUCACCUGAUUCUAAUGUCUCCUCUAUUGAAGGUUUCCCAGAACCAGUUGCUGGUAGCCAUAGUCAUGGUCUGAUAGAGAGGAAUAUAAGUGAGCAAACACAAGUUGCUCCAAGUUUAAGUUACUCUUCACAGCAAUCCAAUAAGGAUGUAGAAGGUGGAGCUUAUGUAUCUGUUCAGCAAGGAUAUGAAUUAAAGUCUCUGAAAGAUCAGAACGUUACACAGGAUGAAAGUUUAGCUAGACACGAACAUCAAAUAGAUGAAAUUCGUGGUAGAAAUGAAAAUCAUGAAAAAAUAGUCAAGGAUUUAAAUAAACGGCUUAAAAUGUUAGAAAGUACUAUUAAUGAAUUUGAAGGAAGGACGUGCAAUGGAACUUAUGUUUGGAAAAUAAGAAAUUACCGCAAAUACAGACGAGAGGCUGAAAUUGGUGAUACAACAGCAAUUCACAGUCCACCAUUCUAUUCUCAUUUCUAUGGGUAUAAGUUAUGUAUAAGAGCCAAUUUAAAUGGUGUAGAUUCUGCGCGAGGAACUCAUCUUUCUAUAUUUAUUCAUUUUAUGCAGGGAGAUUAUGACGACAUUUUAGACUGGCCUUUUAAUGGCAGAAUAAUAUUAACCGUUAUUGAUCAAAAUCCUGUAUGUGAAUUACGGCAUCAUGUUGUUGAAACUUUAAUCUCGAAACCAAAUUUAGCUGCAUUUCAAAGACCAAAUACACCUCGCAAUCAUAAAGGAUUUGGGUAUAUGGAAUUUUUGCCGAUUGGAAUUCUGGAUAAUUCUACAUAUGUUAGGAAUGAUACUUUGAUAAUCAAAGCAUGUAUUUUGCCAAAUGGAUAAUAUAUAUAGUGUGGUUUUAGUAUAUUUUUAAAUAAAUUAAAGAACAUUGAUGUUUAUAUAAAGAGGUACACUAGCGUAAA